AUGCAUUUGGCUAUUGUCCAUUGUCACCAUUAUAAAUACUACACAAUCAUAUGGCAGUUGGUACUUAGCUCUAUGUUCUCGAAUCAUGUAUAUGAGUGCACAAGACUCUGGCAGCAAUCAAGUAGUACAUUUGGUGUUUUGAGCAUCCUCGAGCAAAUUCAACCUGACCAAACUCUGGUGAUGGUCAAUAUCUGGGUUCACUGUUCCCUGCACCCUCGAGGCUUGUUGGACUCGUAUUCACCCUCGCUACCCGGGUAUAUAAGCUGCAGAGGGUCCGGUGGCCAUACGACUGUUCGCUCACUGUCCCCUGCAUCCUCAAAGCUUACUGGACUCGUAUUCACCCUUGCUACACGGGUAUAUAAGCUACAGAGGGUACGGCUGCCAUUUGAUGGCUUGCUGGACUCGUAUUCACCCUCGCUACAUGAGUAUAUAAGCUACAGAGGGUACGGCUGCCAUUUGAUGGUGUGCUCACUGUCCCCUGCAUCCUCAAAGCUUGCUGGACUCGUAUUCACCCUCGCUACACGAGUAUAUAAGCUACAGAGGGUACGGCUGCCAUUUGAUGGUGUGCUCACUGUCCCCUGCAUCCUCAAACUACAGAGGGUACGGCUGCCAUUUGAUGGUGUGCUCACUGUCCCCUGUAUCCUCAAACUGUUUGCUCACUGUCCCCUGCAUCCUCGAAGCUUGCUGGACUCGUAUUUACCCUCGCUACCCGGGUAUAUAAGCUACAGAGGGUACGGCUGCCAUUUGAUGGUGUGCACACUGUCCCCUGCAUCCUCGAAGCUUGUUAGACUCGUAUGCACUCUCGCUACCCGUGCAUAUAAGCCGCGGGAACUACGGUGGCCAUUUGAGUGUGCGCUCACUGUCCCCUGCAUCCUCAAAUACGGUGGCUGUUUUAGUGUGCGCUCACCGACCCCUGCAUCCUCAGAGCUUAUUAGACUCGUAUUCACCUUUGCUACCCAUGUAUAUGAACUGCCAAGGCUAUGGUGGCCAUUAAUUUUGGACAAGGAUAUGCAGCUAUUGAAUACUAUGCUCCUAUGGUUGUCCAUGGCUUGGGGAGUCUUGGCUGGCAGGGCAACUACUUUUGCAUGA